ACGUGGAGGGCACAGCUUACGCCCACAGCGCGGAGAGAGGGCAGAGCAAUGAGGCUGCCGAUUCGCCCCACAAGUCCCGCCCCCGCGGAGCCACCUCGGUUACCAGCCUGACGCCUUCUUUGAAAGGCGUUCCGCUUCGCCAAUGAGAAACCGGCAAGAAGGCGGAGGGCGGGCGGAGCGGAGGGGGCGGUGGCUGGUGGCGAUAGGCUUGCGGGCGGGCUGCAGUCGGCGUGCGCGGGGGGCUAUAGCCUGUUGCGAAGCCGGUGGGGUGGGAGCUGUGGUGCUGUCGUGCUGUGGGGGACAUGGUGGGCUCCAGCGAGGCCGGGGGUGAGUCGUGGCGGGGCCGGUACUACCGGUUGGAGGAGGUGCAGAAGCAUAACACCAGCCAGAGCGCCUGGAUCAUCAUCCACCACCGCAUCUACGAUAUCACUAAGUUUCUGGAUGAGCACCCAGGUGGUGAAGAAGUCCUAAGGGAGCAAGCUGGGGGAGACGCUACUGAGAACUUUGAAGAUGUUGGCCAUUCCACAGAUGCAAGGGCACUGUCAGAAACCUUUAUUAUUGGGGAACUUCAUCCGGAUGAUAGAGCGAAGCUGCAGAAACCAUCAGAAACUCUUAUUACGACGGUUCAGUCUCAGUCCAGUUCGUGGUCCAACUGGGUGAUCCCAGCAAUAGCAGCAAUCAUCGUGGCCAUGAUGUAUCGUUCGUACAUGUCAGACUAAGCGCCUUGCUGAGAACUAAUGCAAGAAGAGACUGAUCUAGAUAUAAGCAAUCUUAACCCAAUAUGUUUCCAGACAAAAAGCCUGAUGUCUGAAGAAAAAUUCAACUUUUUCUGAAAACUGAACAAUUCUAUUCUGCUGUGCACUUUUCUUAAUGUUGCCUUCUUAUUUGCUGUUCCAAAGUGAUAAAAAGGCACCAUUUCUCUUUUUGUAUAACAAUUUUAUUCCCUAAUGAAUUACUUGAUAACUGUAUUGGUUUCUGUGUUAGAAUAUUGUUUUGUAUGUAACACUGAUUCUGGUUAUUUUUCUUUGAUCUGUAAUGGAGUCCAUAGGACUCUCUUUACAUAUAAAUUUUACAGCUUUAAAUGACUACCAAAAGUGUGUACAUGAAUCUGUCUAUGUAGGCAACUUAAAAAAAUCAUGUUGUCUUCUUAAACGUAGUGUGUUUGAAUGAAAUGCUAAUUAAAUAUAAUGGAAAAAGCUGAGUGGAGUAGUGGGUAUAGGUGUCUCUAAGCAGUUGGGCCCUACUGAUCAGACUAUAGUGAACAGAUUUGUUUGUUUGUUUGUUUGUUUCCCCCCUUUCUUUUCUUGUUGACAUCUGCUCUUAUAGUUUUUGUAGAUACUAGCAAACUGCUCUGUUUGGCUCCCAUUGAAAAAUACAGGCAAAGUACAAAGCCCAACGUUUGGCCCAGUUAUCUCUGUCUCAGCUUUGUGAAAAGUAUCUUUUUUUUUUUCCCAAGAAAGGCAGAAAAAAAGUGCUUUGUAAAUCCCACUACAGGUAAUGUAACUGCUACUAAAUAAUACUGUUCCUGCCAAGCACUCAGGUGACUCUAGAAUUUGUUUUGGAACUUUUAGACUUUUAUAAAAUCUGCAGUUUUGUCAUGUACAUUAUGAGGGAAAAACUGAUGCAUGGAAUCUGUUUCUGACUGUUCUGUGAUGUGCUCCUUGGUGCUUUACUAUGAAGAGAUUACUAUUUUCAUUGCUAAAUACGAGAUAACUGAAAGUUUGCAUUUUGUGGUGAACAUUUUAGUCAUAUGUAAAUGAUCAUGAAUAAAAGUUUAAUUGCCUAC